CUGUUUCUCACCCCAUUGAACUGCUUUCGCGAUGGAUGAUGUCGAAAUGAAACCCGUUGACGAAAUGCCGAACGGCGAGGUCGAAGAGAAAAAGGAAGAGGAAUCCAAGCAGCCACUAUCUCCAGUCGAGGAGAUCAAGUCCAAUGUCGCGCUCAUCGAGCGAGCGGUCUCAACACUCGAGCCGCGCUUUACGCACCGCGUUCUUCGUACACUUGGUGCGCUGCGCAAAAAGCUGGAUGACAAGGUGCUCCAUGAUGCCAUUGAUGAGAUAUACACCAAUGCGGACUCUCCGUCGAAGAAGGCUCUUCUCUCGUGGAUACCAGGUGCAGCGGAGCAGGAGGGCCUUAUGGAAGUUGACUCCGCCCCUCAACCCAAGCACGCGCAGCCGGAACCCGUACCAGAGAGUGAAAUCUACUUCCGUCUGCUCAUCCUGCAUCACCUCCUCGCGUCGCCGAGUGCAUACCCGCGAGCUAUGGAGCUCGCACAUGAGACUAUACAGAGGAUGCAGUCGCUCAACCGACGCAGUAUGGACCCGAUUGCGGCCAAAGUGUGGUACGCGCUAGAGCGGACGUACGAGCUCGGCGGAGAGCUUGCUGAUGCACGUCCUCUCUUCCUGGCUGCCCAACGGACUGCAUCAUUACGUCACGACGACGAGACGCAAGCGUCGCUCAUCAACCGCUUGCUUCGGAGCUACCUGAACUACAACCUCUAUGACCAGGCAGACAAGCUCGUGUCCAAGACGACGUUCCCCGUAUCCGCCGCGAACCCGCAGUACGCUCGCUACCACUACUACCUCGGCCGAAUCAAGGCAGUUCAGUUGAACUACACGGCUGCCCACACAAAUUUGCAGCAAGCCAUCAGGCGAGCGCCGCCGGCCAAGACGGCGCCUGGAUUCUACCAAGCAGUACACAAGCUGUCUGUAGUGGUGGACCUGUUGAUGGGUGAGAUCCCGGACCGAAGUCUGUUCAGGCAUCCGGUGCUGGAGAAGGCUUUGAACGGAUACUUCGAGAUCGUCAAAGCGGUCCGCAUGGGCUCGCUCUCGCAAUUUCAGUCCACGCUCUCGAAACACGCUGCGCAGUUCGAAAAGGACCGGACGUACACGCUGAUCGUGCGGCUGCGGCAGAACGUGAUCAAGACCGGUAUCCGGCGGCUCUCGCUCUCGUACUCGCGCAUCUCGCUCCGGGACAUCUGCGUCAAGCUCCACCUCGACUCGGAGGAGGACGCGGAGUACAUCGUCGGCAAGGCGAUCCGCGACGGCGUCAUCGAGGGCCGUAUCGUGCACGAGAAAGGGUGGAUGGAGUGCGGCGGCCAGAAGAGCGGGUACGGGCCCGAGGUGAGCGACGUAUUCGCGCGUCGGAUCACGUACUGCUUGGAGCUGCACAACCAGAGCGUGAAGGCUAUGCGGUAUCCAUUGAACGCGCACCGGAAAGAACUUGCUGCCGCGGAGGGCGCGCGGGAGCGCGAGAAGGAGCUCGCGAAAGAGAUUCAGGAAGGUGGAGACCUGGAUGAGGAUGGUCCGGACUUGGGAGAGGGAUUCUGA